GGUGAUUGACAUGUAAAGAGGCCCAACCAGAUUUUAGGAUGAGGCGGUUCAUCCAAUCGAAGAGAAGCAAAGGGCGGGAGCGGAUGUAAAAAGUGUGUGAAUGUUGAUUGGGAGAGCGGAGGCGGCUGCGCUUACUCGGAAAGCACCAGAGAGUUAAUCACUGAAGAGAGAGGAUGUCCCAGCAGAGGAUUCUGCCCCAGAGUAAGGAGACGCUGCUACAGUCCUAUAACAAGCGGCUUAAAGAUGACAUUAAAUCCAUAAUGGACAACUUCACUGAGAUAAUCAAAACUGCCAAGAUCGACGAGGAACAUCAGGUGUCCCGUCCAACUCAAGGAGAGCAGGAUAACUACGAGAUGCACGUCAGGUCUGCUAAUAUUGUGCGGGCGGGAGAAUCCCUAAUGAAGCUGGUGUCGGAUUUGAAGCAGUUCCUGAUCCUGAAUGACUUUCCUUCCGUCAACGAGUCCAUCAACCAACGCAAACAGCAGCUCCGCGGCCUCCGGGAAGAGUGUGACAAGAAGCUCAUCGCUCUGAGGGACGACAUCGCUAUUGAUCUUUAUGAACUCGAGGAGGAAUAUUACUCUUCCAGGUAUAAAUAGAGGAGGUGUGAGGGCUCAGCACAGAGUUGUGAGGGAAAAGUCAUAUAUACCGCAAGGUCCAGUACCGUGUGUGUACCCUCCAUCUGCGAUUACUAUUGGGUAUUUAUUCUCCUUCCUGGCUAAAUUCUGCACCUUGACUGGUCUGGACCUCAGUGGCAGCAAAGACUCAGCAAAUGCUCAGUGUCACAGUAAUGGGUGACUCCACCUUCUUGUGUUCAUUGCACAAGCCCAACAGCAAGACUAGGCUUCAUACAUCUAUCUAUCUAUCUAUCUAUCUAUCUAUCUAUCUAUCUAUCUAUUUAUCUAUCUAUCUAUCUAUUAUCUGUCUGUCUAUCUAUCUCUCUUAUCUCUUGUCUAGCUCUCUUAACCCUAUCUAUCGCUAUCUCUCAUCUAUUUAUCCAUCUAUCUGUCCAUCCACCCAUUAUCAAUUUGUUUAGCAUCCAUCAUCUAUCUAUCCAUCUAGCCAUAAUCUAUCUAUCCAUCUAUCAGGGGCACAUUGAAAGCAACAGGCGAGUCUGAUGCUGAGUUUAAUUGACGAAGGACCCUAAUUUGCUCCUCACUCAUUGCAAAUCAGAAGGCAGGGACAGCAGCCUGUGGUCCACAAAUGCUCAGCACAUGGUGUUCGUGAACUGCAUUUCUUUUGAAUGAGGGAAAGUGUUCCUUACACAGAGACACGCACAACAGUGUUCCUUACUGACAGUGCUCCCUGGGUUUUGCUCCAUCCAAUAUGGGUACAUUUUCCCUCUAAACAAUCAGGCCUUUUUCAGACCAACAUGUUCUCACUCAUUAUUGUAUGCAGACUGUUCUACCGUCUGGUUAGGGAUCCUGGUCUUUGAUGUAGUUGUGGUUCAGUCCUUGAAUAAGAGCAAAUAUGACCAUUGACAUCUAGUGGUAGGACCCGGUACAGCAGAAAGACCCAGAUUUUAUUUUUUAAAUUUUUUUGGCAGCUUUGCUGUUUUAUUUGCUGCCUCUUUGUGUGUUAUACAACUUUUAUAUUUUACAGCAUAUACAUAUUAUAUCGUUGCACCUGUUGCCCAAAGCCAGCCUUCUUUCUCUACUUCCCAUAGUGCUGUUAUACUAUGCAUGAUUGAUUUUUAUUGAUUAUACAAAUUUUAUUUUAAAAUGACCACAAAAUACAUAUAGUCAAAUACAAGAGUCCUCUGCACUCAACCCAUUAUCAAUAUAUUUAAGACAGCAACAUUUUGUGCAUACUGCUACUGAAAAAUGCCUUACCCUUUAAACAAAACAGGGAUUGUUUGUCCAUAUAUUGCAAUAUAUUUAAGCUGGCCAACUACGUCAAAGUCAUCCCAUAUCUGGCCAGUCCUACGCUUAAUUUUCAUCUGAUUCAUUAAGAAUUCUAUGGUUUCAUUAUACAUUUUACAAAGGGACUAGGUUUUACCUGCAACUUACUAGCUGCUUUUAAUUAUUUUUUAGUAGCAGUAUGCACAAAAUGUCUCUGUCUUAAAUAUAUUGAUAAUGGGUUGAGUGCAGAGGACUCUUGUAUUUGACUAUAUAUAUUGGUUCUGCUGAGCUAAAAUGCUUGUUAUUUCCAGGUUCAUCACUUUGUGCCUGAAUUUAAUGUGCUGUUUAGUUACAGAUUUUAUAUGAUUAAAGGAACUUAUUUAUUGUA